AUGAAAUGGCUUAUCUAAAUUUUAAAUGAUUUGAUAUUUACAACUGUUCAGAGUAUACAUGUAAGCACAGCCAAUUUUAUUAAAUGUGGAGAUCCAGGUAAAUACCAGAGGAUAAAACAGAUUCCAUUUCUAAGGACUUUGAUAACAUAUCUGAAUUGCCUCCCCAAGUCUAUUUUCAAGGAAAAAGGUACAAUAGUAGUGCUGUUUUGAAACCCUAAAGAUACAGCUGUUUCAUUUUUCCAUUUCCAUAACAAUGUGCCAAGCGUCCCCAGUUACAGCUCUGGGGAUGAUUACUUUUCCGGAUUAAUGACAGAUACAGUCAGCUGGGGAUCCUGUUUUGAUCCUGCAGUCACCUGGAGCAAUCACAUUGAAGAUAAGAAUGCUGUAAUCAUAAUAUAUGAAGAUCUGAAAGGGAACCUGACUGCCAGUGUGAAGCAGACAGCUGCAUUCUUUGAAUUCUCACCAACAGCUGAGCAGAUCCAGGCCAUUGCAGGAAGGCACACUUUCCAGCCAGUGACUGUUAAAGCUCAGGAGACUCAUGGUGCUGUUGGCUUGAUUCUUUUCCAUAAGGGUAUUCUUGGAGACUGGAAGAAUGUUUUUGCUGAAGCUCAGAGCCAGAAAUCGGCUGCCAAAUUCACGGUGUGAUUAUAAAUAGCUAAGCUGGAAGUGAAGUUUAGAUAUGAUGUGUAUUGCAAGACAGCCAUUGGAACAACUUCUGCAGAUGUGGUGAGACCUCGUGGAGGCUGGGAUUCCGUGCACCUCCAUCCCUGCAAAUCCAGGUGGGUACACCUGGCCGUGUCAUAUCAGGUGUGA